ACUCACCACAGGAGGAGGCAAAACAUUCACUGCUGAAACAUGGCGAGGUUAAGCGAGCAUGGGAUUCGUCUGAGUUCCAUGAGUCCUUCCUUCCUGAACAGCAAUUCAACCAGUCAUACCUGGCCCUUCAGCGCUGUGGCAGAGUUAAUAGACAAUGCAUCAGAUCCCGGUGUAUCUGCUAAACAGAUCUGGAUAGAUGUAGUCGAAGAAGCCGAUCACCUCUGUAUAACUUUUACGGAUAAUGGCAGCGGCAUGACCCCCAACAAGCUGCAUAAGAUGCUCAGCUUUGGGUUUACCGAAAAAGGCACAGGUAAAGCCAGUCAGCAGGCUAUUGGCGUAUAUGGGAAUGGUUUCAAGUCUGGCUCCAUGCGUCUGGGCCGUGAUGCCCUCAUCUUCACCAAGAACGGGGGUUGCCAGACUGUGGGGAUGCUGUCUCAGACCUACCUGGAGAACAUUAAGGCCCAGGCUGUCAUUGUCCCCAUCGUCCCCUUCAACCAGCAAACCAAGUCGCUGGUGGUGACCGAAGACUCAGAGGCCAGCCUGGCUGCCAUCCUCCAACACUCCAUCAUCACCUCCCAGGAGCAGAUACAUACACACUUUGACUCUAUCCUCUCCAAAAAAGGCACCAAGAUAUUAAUCUGGAACAUUCGCAGGACCAAAGACGGCAAGCCGGAGAUCGACUUUGAAUGUGACUCAAGUGACUUCCGUUUGCCCGAGCUUCAGAUCGAGGAACUGAAAAAAGGUCUGAGGAACAGCGGAUCCCUGAAAGCCGAGCAGAACAUCCCAGACAUGCAUUACAGCCUCAGGGCUUACCUCAGUAUCUUGUACCUGAAGCCGAGCACUCAGAUCAUACUGAGGAGGAAGAAGAUUCUUGCCAAGCUGGUGUCGAAGAGGCUGACACAUAUUGAACAUGAUGUGUAUAAACCCCACUUCAGUAAAGAGAAAGUCAAGGUGACCUUUGGGCUGGAGCCGAAAAACAAAGACCACUAUGGCAUCAUGAUGUACCACAAGAACCGACUCAUCAAGGCCUACGAGAAAGUAGGCGGUCAGCUGAAGUCUUCGGGUCAAAGGGCAGGAGUCGGGGUCAUCGGUGUCAUUGAGUGUAACUUCCUCAAACCUGCCCACAACAAGCAAGACUUUGAAUACACAAAGGAAUAUAGACUGACUCUAGGUGCUUUGGGCUUAAAACUCAACGACUACUGGAGAGUGAUGACAGAGAAGAGGGCCAGAGAGCGAGAGUUUCAGGCUGCGGACAGAGGGGAUGAAAAUGAAAAAGGGAAUGCUGACGAGGGUCCCUUGUGGUUACAGUGUGAGGAGUGCCUCAAGUGGCGGAGCGUGCCUGCAAGUCAUUACGAUGUCAUACCUGAAAACUGGAACUGCAGUCAGAACCCCAAUCCACGUUACAGAAGUUGCACCUCACCAGAGGAAGCAGAAGAGAGUGCGGAGUUGUUAACGCCCAGCUACCAAAAAAACCACAAGAAACAAGACCAUCCUAAAAGCAGAAAACGAGAAAAAUCACUGGAGGUAUGCGAGUACAAGGAACAAAUGGAUAAACAUCAGGUUCUCUCACGCAGUUCAUCAGAGCCCAGCCAGCCCACCUUUCAGUCCACACACUCACCUGAUCGUACAGCUGAAGUAAAUCGAUGCCACACAGAGGAGCACACACAAGACCACGGUCAGACGAACAUAGAUACGCAGGCAAAUGAUGAUGCACCAACAGCUGAUGUCACACAAGGAAAGCCCAUUGGAAGAGAAACAGUGAUUAAAGACAAGACACUAAUCACGCAUGUGGAAAAUGACAAAAAAGCGCAGAGCCUUGAAGACAAACAGAGCAACAAAACAAAACACACAAACAUGGAGCCGAUGCAAAGAGACGGAAAGAGCAUAGAAACAUUCAGCUUCAAAAGGAAAUCAGGAUCAUUAUUUUACUCUGUGAAAAAGAGGCCAUGUCUUUGGGAGCCGCAUCAGCCCGACUAUGGGAAGACAUCAGAGCAGUUGCAUCCUGAGAAACAAACAAGUACACUCAAGACACUCAUCUUAGAGAAGAGCAAGCAGGUGAGUAGCAGCUGUUUAGACAAGACAGGUGACACAGUGCAGCAAACCUCCAGCACCCAGCCAUGGUACAGCUCAAUCCCCUCCACACAGACUGUGAUGGUAUCCCCAGUAAGCCGCACUGAAGGACAAUGGAGCAAACCACUGCCUCCAGAAGGGAGUGACUGGGAAGCUAAAGCCCAGAGGUUAGCUGUGUUGGAGAAAGAGGCCCAGAGGUUACGAAGGCUUCUUGGUCUAGAAAUUACCAAGACGACUCAAGGCACGAUGACAACUGCUCACAGCAGCACUGAAAAGAAAAAAGUACAGCUGAUGACUUCGCCAGCAUCCACUGCAACGAGAGCGGUCGGCUGCCAGACCGACGUGGCUGAGAGCUCUACUUCAUCUGGUGGCCCUGCUCGGGCUCCAGGACCUCAAGGGAUGUUGGUUCAGGGUCCAAGGGCGGCUUUUGGACCUGAGCAGAACAGAAAUAAGAAGGACAAGAAUGAAGCUCAGAGCAGGAUGAGAGUCGGUGAGACCGAGGCCUGCAGACCUGAGGACAGCAGAAUGCCACAGAACCUGCACGACAUACGUAACAACGUGGUGGUGCUUCUCACGGCACUCCUGCCCCAGCUGGACCUGGCUGGCAUCAGUCUGGAAACCAACGACGUAGACAACAUCCUGCAACAGAUCAUAGAGGUCAACUCACUCAAACUAUGAUUCAUGCAGUCCAGCAGGCUUCUGUUGGCUUAAAAAUUACUUUGUUUUUUGCUGUAUUGUCAAGCAAAGUUUGGGUUGAUACGAAUGGGUCUUACCUAAUUAUUUAUAAAUAUAUGCAUACACACACACGGAUAUUGUAAUGUCACUGUCAGAUGUUUUUGUUCAAACUCUAUGACAUUCUCAUUUUGUGUCCAUAUUUCACUCAGUUUAUGGUCCGCAUUACAAACAACGGGUCAUAGUAAUUCUGUAUGCCUCAAAUGACAAUGUAGGUGUCCAAGAACACUGCGAGUGCUGAUAUUGGUCUCCAAUGCUAAGAAAGUAUUCUCCUAAUAAGGAAAUUUGUGAAACACAAACAAAAAAUAUAAAGUACUAUUUUGCGUUCUUGUUUUCUCAAAUGAUACAAAAAUAAUAAUGCUAGUCAGAACUAACUAUGACGUCCCAUCUAGUAAAAACGAUGUGUAAAGCAGGAAUUUAAAGUCUUAAGACUUGACAUCUUGACAUCCUCAUGAAAUUGUGUCUGCCACGUCACUAUUAUAAGUCGUUGUUCUGAGCCUGACAGCCCCACUUCUGUAAAAAUAUGAGCCUUUUAAUCUAAAGUGUAAUGUAUUGAUGUUGUCUGUGUGUUUUGCUUAUGUUUUUAUUGAAUAUUUAAAUUAGUUUUAUACUCCUGUGAUCAACAUAUUCUGUCAUGAGAUGUAAUGUUUGUUUACAUCAUCUUUUUCGCAUAUCCGUUAUAAGUAAGGCUUUUUCACGUUUGCAUUAAAAAUACUG